AUGACCAGCCUACAUUUGCUACGGCGACUUCAACCAUCCUCGCUGCUGAACAAACAGGCCACAAAUGGAAAAUACUCGUUGCAAAACAUCCUUAGCAUCAGUGAUCGCCUACACCUGGUCGACCCAAAAAGUGCUUCAGACCUCCCGGAGGACGAUCCCAUCUCGAAAGGUAUUGUGUCGUUUCACAUCGCCACAUCUCUAUUCGAAAACUUCAUGAAGAGUUUCAACCCAUUCAUCUGUGUUCUCGAUCCCGCGUUAUACACCUUCCGACACGUCCGAGAGAGGUCUUCCUUCCUCUUGACGGUUAUGCUUGCCGCUUCGUCAAAGGUAUACAAUCCUGCAUUACACCCUGAAAUACACAAGUACUCAGAGCAACUGCUCAACGGUGCCUUCGCCCAAGGCGCCAAAUCACCAGAAGUAAUCCAGGCCAUCUUGCUCAGCACAUAUUGGAAACAGCCAGAAGAUACUCGUUCCUGGUCUCUCAUCGGAUAUACCAUAAGACUAUGCAUGGAAUUAGGUUGGCACAAGUUCAAGCCAAACAGUGACGCAGACGACUCCGCGGCUUCCGAGCUGGUAGUUCGGCAGAGGCGUAACGUUGAACGCACAUGGAUGAGCUUACAGACAGGCAAACCUUGGAUGAUUGAGAGAAGCGACUUCCUCGAAUCCGUCAAUACCUGGUACAAACAUCCUAUGGCAACUUCGAAUGACGCCACCUUAGCUGCGCUGGUGACCCUUCGACUUGCCACGGCAGAUAUCAUUGAUAUCUUCUGCCCACUGCGACCAGCACCAUGUACGACACACGCUUACCGGCUUGACUCGCUCUUGAAGACACUCACUCCUCAGAUAGAGGCCUGGAAGAAGCAUUGGACUUCGAUAUCAUCGCCGAUCGGGGCGUCACUUGUCGAUACCGAAGCAUUCUGGAUCACAUACACCAGUGCCAUAGAGAUGCUGCAGCUCGUCUCCCAUCAUUCCGUCUCACCCCUUCUGAGCUUUGCUCACGAUUCUGUGCACGUAAUGACUGCAUACAGCGCUGCUUUCCUAAUCAAAUUGCUUCUUUCAGUCAACAAAUCGAUUCGGCAAGAAUUCGAGACGGCUGCCUUGGAAACCAUCAAUACCGUCGCUCGCGUCUUCGCAGACCAGUCAACGCCACCGAAUUAUGCUUGUGCCUUGCAAGUAAAAUUCCUCCACAAUGUUGUCCAGGAGUACGCAAGAGCUUGUAGAGGACGUUAUGCACAUGAAAUGACAGAAGCUACAACUGGUGCAGCCCAGCAGUAUCAAGUCGGGCAACAACCACCUUCGCAGCAGGACUUGAGUCGCCGUGAAGGGCCGAGCCAGCAUGAGCCAUUCAUUGAAAACACCGCGCGGCAUCAGAGAUCGGCUGAGGACGCAUCCGAUAGCAUCAGGAAUACUAGUUGUGGGCAACAGUUAGUUGAGGACGUUCCAUUCAGGGCUGAUGGGAUGGCUUCUGCGUUGCACGAAGCCGCUGGCCAGGCAUCGUCUCCGAAUAGGGACAUGACCGACGAUGAAUGGGCGGCUAUAUUUAUGAACGCAGGUUUUGAUAUCGAAGCCGGUGUAUUUUUCCAAUGACCAAGACGCAACAAUAAUAGCAAUACCGAAGGCGAUCAGGUUGGGUCCUUGGACAUAUCUUCUGGGGCACCGAUGGGACCUCAUCGACCGCUUAUCUCGUGGUCUAGGGUGGGGAUCUGAUUGAGUUCGGCUCUGCCCGAGUGAAAAAGUCAUUGACUCGUCAGUGACCGAUACUUUCGAUAUCAAUUCCCUUCUGCUGUGCCCGUCUCGCCGACUCCUUAUGCUGACACAGUGCAUCGAAGACAUGAGUACCAAAUUUCUUGAACGCUUCCGUCAAGCCGCCAGCUGCAAUGAGUGACUUCUCCAUGUCACUGAGCUGGAAACCAAAAGCCCUGCUUCCACACCGGACCUGACCGCUGUUCAAGUCGAUACUGAUCUCUUCACCCUGCGUGGCUAGACGAUGAAAUUCUUCUUCCGCGAUGGUGAUCCCCAAUAGGCCAAUGUU